AUUCCCACUUCCCACUUGGUUAUGAACUCAACAUUAUACCCGCCACGCAUACUUGUGGCCACUUCAUAGAGAAGAGCUAUGGAGACGUGACCCGUUUUUCCAUAAAAGAACACCAGGACAGGAAGACAGACACAUCUUUUCAAAAUGAAAAAACAUCCGAUGCACAUGUUGGACCAUCCGUGAAUUUUUUUUAGAGGCUUCGGUGUACUGUUAAAACGGUAAGAGCAAUUUCAUUAUUGUGGCUAGCCUAGUCUUUGUCAGAGGUCGGCUAAAUGGCAAUUGUUUACAAAUGCAUUGGCUAAUGCUACAUUGUAACGGUUUUAGUUCCUAGAGUGCGCGAAAGGUUGAGAGUUUAGAUACUUUGUAGUCUUUAUUUUUCUAUUUUACCUGACCUUUGUUUUGCCACGUCUGAUUCCCCGUUCCCAUGGUGAUGCAUAGCCGACUCACUACUUCAAGACAAGGACGGAGCCUGCCUAGUAUUGAUCAAUUUGUGAUAGAAUGAGCAAUGAACUGUUCAUGUAUGACAUUAGACCAUAUAUUCUCUUUGCACGGUGGGCAAUUAUGGUGAACUGCCUUUUUCAUUCUUGAAGAAAGAUUGGAAAAAGACAAAUGCAGCAAUGAUUGAUAUGAAUUUGUUUAUUCCUACUCCGAGCCUAUUCAUUGCCGAAUGUCACCCCCAAUCAUUUACAACGUGUGUCAGAAUGUAUUCAAACUUGACAUGAAUGGACAUUCAUUGCUGAAUAUCCUGAUAUAAAACUGCUGUUACUUGGGUUACUAAACCCCAAGGUCCUAGGCAGUCCUAUAUAGCAAAGUUAGAUUUUGCAAUGGUAUGUGUAGGGGGCAAACAAAUAGGCCUACCAGUAAAAAUGAUUUGCCUUUUGUUUUCGUUGUUUAUUUUUUUGUGGGGAGGGGUGGGUGACAAUAACAAUAAUGACAGAAUUCCCCGCCUUACAUAACUGAUGCCAAUCAGGACCAACUGCAGAAUUCAGUGCAGGACAUUGCAACCACCGAGGCAGAUGUUUUUGGCCUGUGGCUGUAAUCCAAGAUCAAGGGAAUCAAAUCCAAGCCUAAAAGCAGCAGAUAUAUUUAGAUGGACCACUAUAAAACAGUUUACCACUGUACGUAGUCCAAGCCUAGUAGUCUAUUGAAAUGAAUAGAUUAGCCUCCCUGGAUGUUAGACUAAUUGAAGUUGCAUUGUGUGUGUGUGUGUGUGUGUGUGUGUGUGCUUUUGAAGGGUGCAGCUGUGGCAGUAUGUGGUUGAACCUUUAUUGUGCUUACACGGUCUCUUCCUGACCGCCAUCCUACUUCACUGUAGGUGCAAGCCUUGCAAUAUGUACUGGGAUGGAUGAGGAAGAGCAGAACCGCUAUGUGGCCCAGCUGAAGGAGGAGUUUGACAGCUGUGACACCACAGGUACUGGUUACCUGGACAAGGAAGAGUUGUCAUCCCUUUGCCACAAGCUAUCCCUAGAUGCUCACCUUCCCCUACUGUUGGACACCUUGCUAGGACCACACCACUAUGCUCGGGUAUGAGACCAGACCACCUUAGUAACAUCUCUCUGUUGUGGAUUUACCUUAAAUUUCCCUUACCAGCAGUUCAUUAAAACAUAUGUAAAGCUCUGACAUGCAUAGUUAUAGUAAAUGUGUAGUAGUUGUGCAAUAGCUGUGUUAUGACCGCUCUCAAUUUUCUAAUAGCUCUUAGGGAAGCCUGUAUGCUCAUUUGACAUUUCAAAUCAGCAGCCCAAGACAUUUUGGAUCAUGUUGCUACCUUAUUCACAGUACAGUAGUCAUGUCUCACAAUGAUGACAAUGAACUCACUUCCCUUCUGUUAUGCAGGUGAAUUUUGAGGAGUUCAAGGAAGGCUUUGUAGCUGUGCUAUCAAGCUCUCUGGACUUCAGCACCUCAGAAGAGGAGAGCAGCUACCUGGAGCCAGGUAAAACACGCAUGCUGAGUGGUGAGGAGGGGAUUGAUUUAUGUCUGGUUUUCAUUGAUUACACGGCUGUGCAAACCGAUUGAAACCAAUGAAAUCAGUUGUUUAUAUACCCAAGUAGUUUAGAUUGCUGUUUAUAUUUGUUCAUGGGCCCUAUGUGGUGGAUUAGAUAAGAUUGCUUUAUGUAAACAAUGUAUCCUUGUGGAUUACUUUAUGCAAACAAUGUAUCCUUGUGGAUUGCUUUAUGUAAACAAUGAAUCCUUGUGGAUAAACGUUUCCGUUUUAUAUAAGGUAACGGCAAACCUUGGGGUCAUUAGUGGGUUCGAUCCCCGGGACCACCCAUACGUAAAAAUGUAUGCACACAUGACUGUAAGUCGCUUUGGAUAAAAGCGUCUGCUAAAUGGCAUAUUAUUAAUAUUAUUAUUUAUAUUAUCAUUUACAUUAUCAAUGCUUGACAAAGGCACUGACUGAGGCUGAGACUGGAGCCAUUGUAGUCUACCUAAGUUAGUUGGACAUCAUUAAAAGCACACUAAAAAGCAUUACUUAGUCAAGUGGUACUUUGGUCUAUUCUGGUUGCUUGUCUCUUGCCCGGGUGGGUGACCAUGAGAUCCCUGAAAUGAGGACAAUACUAGUGGAGACAUCAAAGGGAUACAGUAUAUUUAGUAUUUUCCCUCCCUAAAGAAAUGCAGUUGAUCUCGUUAAUUAUCUCUGUCAUGAUUAGCCCCAGGCUGGAUUCUAUUCUCAAACAAAUACAGAUUCAAAUAUACUACACUUCCUGUACCUUUAACAAAUCCUAACUCAGUUGAGAUAUAAUUUAUUGUACAGCCUGUCACUUUAUAUGAUUUCUUUGAACGAUAUUUGACAACUCAUUGGUAUGUGUUAUUGUAUUUAGAAAUGUGUUUCUUGAGUUGGGUAUUGUAGGGGAUGGCAGUAGGAGGAUCUAGGAGGGCACCAGAGUUCCCUCCUUUUCCCCAGAAUGUUACAGUAUGAUGAAGUUUAUUGCCAAGUUAGUUUCUGGGACAUGCACUUUUAAAGGGUGUGUUUAACCAUGUUUUUGUAUAACCAGAGAUUGCCAAUCUCUAAUUUAGGCCUUCACUAUAGACUCUCUCCCUUGUUACUUUGUAACUAAACAUUGCCAAGCUUCUGUGAGAAUAUGUUUGCAGUUGUAAUUGUGGGCAGAAAAAAUGCCCAGCUGGUCUAAAAUGUUUCUUUCUAAAUAAAGGCAUUCUACUGUAAUAUCAUAGUAGACACCCUUUAACCACUGCAUCUCUCUCUGUACUUCCCCAUCCACUUUCUUUCCUCUCCUCUCCUGGCCCUCCAGUUGUUCCUGAGGAGGUGAAGCCCAAGUUUGUGAAGGGAACCAAGCGCUACGGCCGGCGGUCUCGUCCUGACAGGCCAGACUCUGAUCUCACAGCUGAAUUGGAGGACUCUCCUCCUUUCAGGACGGAGCAGAAGGAGCUCUCUCCCGCUGGCGUGAGGAGGGCCAAACUCCGACGCUCCACUUCUCUGGAGAGUGUGGAGGUAAGAGACGUGGUCCUCCUCCCUCCUCCCUCCCUCUCACACUCUGUCUGCUGUGUUACACUGUGGUCGUCCUAAUUUGAGAGAUGCCGAGAAAGAUAGCUGACUCUUGACUUCUCAAGCUUGGGCCAGGGCCAAUAGAAGAUCUGACUGUUUGGAGAGAAAUUCCCAACUCAGUGCUUCACUUCCAUUUCCCUCAUGUGUACCCCAUGAAUGGUGCAUUGUGCUGGUGCUGGGUGUGGCCUGUCUCAAAUAUACAGUAUAUGACCUGUAAUUUGUUGGCAACCAUACAUUUAUAUGUUUCUGGCAGCAUACUCUUCAGACCACUGUAUAACUGAGCGAGAGAUUUGAAUCUCAGGGGUACAUGGGGUUUUGGGCAGACGGCCCUACUCCAUACUCAGGAAGUGGGAUUAUAUGGAAUGUGCUACUGGCAGCCCUCAUGGCUGGCCCCCGCUCCUGCCCCACACCAUCCAUCCCUCACUGUUAGCUUUGGCUGUGGAUCAAAGAUGUGUCCCUCUGUUUCUCCCUCUUUUCCUUCUUCCAUGGGUUUGUCUUUCAUUGGUUCCAUUAGUCUCAUCACAUUUUAUUACAUUGUUAUUAGGUGUGAAAUGACAGUAACGAGGCCCAGGAAAUGUCAUGGUAUGUCUAUUGAAGGCCCAUUGUUUUGGGCUCUAAAUUGUAUAACAGUAGAAGACAAGUGAAGGAAAGGUCAUGAUGGUGGGUGACGGGGGGUAUCUGUCAGUGUUAAAAGUGUUAAAGAUGCCGUGUGAAAUCCCUGCUGAGAGUGAAACGUUUGGCACCCUUUUCUGUCGGCCACCGUUGUUGGCUGUCUCUCUGUGUGUGUACAUAGUUUGUGUGUGUUUUUAAGUCUGGAUUGAGUAGGUAAGUUGAAGUAAGACUUGCAUAAUGGUCUGGAUGGAGAUUUAGAUUAUGGAAAUAUACAUUUCUCACAUUUCUCUAUUAAUAUUCAUACAUAAACUACAUAAUAAACAACAAGCCAGGGUUGACUUCUGUCUGCCGCUGCCUGUUAACACAGCUCUCAUUUUAGAAACCUAUUCUGUUAUCCCAGAUUUUCUUUUCCAUUUGAAAUAUUUAGAUAUUUUAUGUAACGCUGCAUUGACUAUCUCUGAUAGCUUGCAAGAUUACGUCUUUCCAAAGCUUCUCUCUCCCUCGUCAGGCCAUAGUGCCAGAUAGAUCCCUGUGCCAUGUUUCUCAUAAAGCUCUCCACCAAUAAUCUCUUUUAAAUAGUUAACAUUUCCAGCAGUUUAAGGCAAUACGUAAGCAGCUUUAAGCCUUGGUGGAUUCCUAGUUACUGGAGGAUAGAGAGGGAACUACUGUAUGGCAUCCCUGUCAUAUUGUUGGUUACAGGGGAUAGGUCGCUCCUUGGUAACAGGAACAUACAGUCUGGGUGAAUUACACUACCGGUCAAAGUUUUAGAACACUUACUCAUUCAAGGGUUUUUCUUUAUUUUUACUAUUUUCUACAUUGUAUAAUAAUAGUGAAGACAUCAAAACUAUGAAAUAACACACAUGGAAUCAUGUAGUAACCAAAAAAGUGUUAAACAAAAUAAAUAUAUUUUAUAUUUGAGAUUCUUCAAAUAGCCACCCUUUGCCUUGAUGACAGCUUUGCACACUCUUGGUAUUAUCUCAACCAACUUCACCUGGAAUGCUUUUCCAACAGUCUUGAAGGAGUUCCCACAUAUGCUGAGCACUUGUUGGCUGCUUUUCCUUCACUCUGCGGUCCGACUCAUCCCAAACCAUCUAAAUUUGGUUGAGGUCGGGGGAUUGUGGAGGCCAGGUCAUCUGAUGCAGCACUCCAUCACUCUCCAUCUUGGUAAAAUAGCCCUUACACCGCCUGGAGGUGUGUUGGGCCAUUGUCCUGUUGAAAAACAAAUGAUAGUCCCACUAAGCCCAAACCAGAUGAGAUGGCGUAUCGCUGCAGAAUGCUGUGGUAGCCAUGCUGGUUAAGUGUGCCUUGAAUUCUAAAUAAAUCACAGGCAGUGUCACCAGCAAAGCACCCCCACACCAUAACACCUCCUCCAUGCUUCACGGUGGGAACCACACAUGCAGAGAUCAUCCGUUCACCUACUCGGUGUCUCACAAAGACAUGGCUGUUGGAACCAAAAAUCUCAAAUUUGGACUCCAGACCAAAGGACAAAUGUCCACUGGUCUAAUGUCAAUUGCUCAUGUUUCUUGGUCCAAGCAAGUCUCUUCUUCUUAUUGGUGUCCUUUAGUAGUGGUUUCUUUGCAGCAAUUCGACCAUGAAGGCCUGAUUCACACAGUCUCCUCUGAACAGUUGAUGUUGAGAUGUGUCUGUUACUUGAACUCUGUGAAGCAUUUAUUUGGGCUGCAAUUUAUGAGGCUGGUAACUCUAAUGAACUUAUCCUCUGCAGCAGAGGUAACUCUGGGUCUUCCAUUCCUGUGGCGGUCCUCAAGAGAGCCAGUUGCAUCAUAGCGCUUGAUGGUUUUUGCGACUGCACUUGAAGACACUUUAAAAAUUCUUGAAACUUUCCGGAUUGACUGACCUUCAUGUCUUAAAGUAAUGAUGGACUGUCGUUUCUCUUUGCUUAUUUGAGCUGUUCUUGCCAUAAUAUGGACUUGGUCUUUUACCAAAUAGGGCUAUCUUCUGUAUACCCCCCUACCUUGUCACAACACAACUGAUUGGCUCAAACGCCCUAAGAAGGAAAUAAAUUCCACAGAUUAACUUUUAAGAAGGCACACCUGUUAAUUGAAAUGCAUUCCAGGUGACUACCUCAUGAAGCUGGUUGAGAGAAUGCCAAGAGUGUGCAAAGCUGUCAUCAAGGCAAAGGGUGGCUAUUUGAAGAAUCUCAAAUAUAAAAUAUAUUUUGAUUUGUUUAACACUUUUUUGGUUACUACAUGAUUCCAUAUGUGUUAUUUCAUAGUUUUGAUGUCUUCACUAUUAUUCUACAAUGUAGAAAAUAUUGAAAAACAAGAAAAACCCUUGAAUGAGUAGGUGUUCUAAAACUUUUGACCGAUAGUGUAUGUGAUUGGAAUGGGGGAGGGGUGGAUUAAUUGGGCUGGGGAGUUGAUAAGUGGUUCACCGAUGUUGGGCUGAAACACAUAUUUCUUGUGAAAGUAUUGUGGUGGAAUGCUACCCCAUGUUAUAUAAAUAAUUGAACCGGUCCUGUUAAAUAUUUUACACAAGCUCACCGUCCUCUUUACAUCACUUCAUAUGGCUUAUUUAUUUAUCAUACACAACACAACCUACAUUUAUGUCUACACAUCCUCCUACGAUGCAGCGUGCCGUCCGGGUUAAGUGCCUGAAGGACCCUUCUCAAUGACAUGUUAAUAUUAGUGUCCCAUUAGGCUGGCAGGCUUAAUUUAGCACCAGUUUUCACUCACCUUUAUUUCACAUUCUAUUUGUUGAGAAUUCUUUAACAUACUCUCUGUUCAGACAGAUAAUUCCCUUUGUCUGGUUAAAGCUGGUUGUCAAGAGUCUUCAAUCUAUUGUUGACUUACAGACAUAAACAAUAUGAUUUCAUUCAUCCAGCUGAAAUGAUUGCUUUUGAAUGUUUAUUAUUUGAUAUGUUGAGAGGAUUAGUCAUGUCUUACCCUUCUCAACUGACUACAUCACUUCCCACCAUUUUGUGCUGGUACAGAGUCUGUUUACAUUUCUUAGUAGGGCGGCAGGUAGCUUAGUGGGUAAGAGCGUUGUGCCAGUAACCGAAAGGUCGCUGGUUCUAAUCCCCGAGCCGACUAGGUGAAAAAUCUGUCGAUGUGCCCUUGAGCAAGGCACUUAACCCUAAUUGCUCCUGUAAGUCGCUCUGGAUAAGAGCGUCUGCUAAAUGACAAAAAAUAAAAAAUAAAAAAAAAUAAUUAGCCCUCGAGCAACUGUAGUAAGGAGCACAAUGGUGCUCUCCGACCUCGAAGUGGUGCUGAUGACAACAAUAAUAAAUUCACUGACCACCUGUAGCCCUGCCAUGUGUUGGAGAGAACCAAAGGGAUUAGAUGGAGGGAGAAAAUAAGAGGGAGAGAGAGAUAGAACAAGAAUGAGAGAGAGAGAGAGAGAGAGAGAGUAGACAAUACUGAAACCAACACAGUGUUCCCGUUUGAAAAGCCUUUCAUGGAUGAGUUGCGUAAUAUUGUUCAAUAUUUAAAGCUGAUGAUAAUUAACGGUAGCUUGUUGCGUCAUGAUGAGCGGCCUGUUUCUGAUGUGGUGCUGCAGCUUGGGGCCAUGCCCAGAUUGAUUCUUUGAAAUCAAUAGACCCAUCUUCCACAUGAGAUUGAUUUAAAUGAUACUGUACAUUUCAAAGAUUUUGAGGGGGAAAAUGUGAUCUUUGAACCAAGAUGGGUAGCAAACCGAUCCUCCCACAAAUUCUGUCUGUUUUAGGUGUUACCAGGAUUCAUUUGGUUAGAUAAUUAGGGAAUUUGGUAUUACAUAAUAAACUGAAGUUAUGCAUUUCAUUCUACAAAGUGCUUUGGAACUUGCCUCAGUACACCACUGGUUGGUGCUAAAACACAACAAACCAAAGAUUGGAAAGGGAACAUAGCGACAACCUUAAUGGGUAUCCUCUGUGGUCUGUGCAGUGUUAGGUUCUAUUUUUAUUUCACUAUGGUUAACAAAGGUGCUUCACACUACAUAUUUUCCUAUACACUACAUUUAGGACAUUUAGGAAUUGUAAUCCUCACGACAUCCCCUUGACAAAGCUUUGUCUGAUACAUAUUCAUGCAAAUAUACACCACCUUAUUGACUGUCAUCCUUUAAAAAAUGUUAAGAUAUUGUGUUAUAAACCCUGUAAGUGUGCCACCCAGCCUGAAAGAGAGACUGCUAUGAGUAAGACGGUACUCAAUAACUAACUUCCAUAACUAAUCCAUUACUAACUUCAGUUAAAUUUAGUCUAUUCAGACAGGCUAUUAUGUAGAUCAUAAUUAGUAAGAGUCUGCAGCAAGUAUACACACACACACACACACACACACGUGGAGGAGGCCUUAAGCUCCUUUACGUGAGAGCCAACGGCCCCAUAUGAUGCUGGGGAGUACCAGUCUACUCUUGAGCCUACUGGAAUCACAAUCUGCUGGUUGUUCUUAUUCAGUGUAGCAGAAGUAAUGUUGGCAGGAUGGAAUUCCUUAUGGUCAGUUCAUUCCCAGCUAGCACAUUUGGUUCCUUAGAAGUUGUGAGAACGUAUGUUUUUGGUUUCACAUUGGUUGUGGGAAAGAAGUAAUACUUCAAAACUGAAAGUUGUUUAAAUGUUCUGAGAACAGAAGUGAACAUUUCGCCUGUUCUGGAAAUGUUUAUUCUUUGUUCUGAGAACGUUUUACUCUGGCUCCUUUAAAGUUUUCUAUGAGAACGGAAAUUAUAGGUUAUUUGGAGGUUGUUUAAUAACUUCCUUAUAACUUUCACUGAAUAUUUAUAUAAGACUUGUAAUAACACUGACAGUUUAUUUGGGGUUAAUGUUUUUGAACCCCAAGCACAGAUAGGACACAUGGAAAUGUAUUUCCUUAGGCAUUAAUCAUGCAAACACAUUUCUUUUUUAUUGUGACACUGCAUCCGUGAGAUUCAAAUCUAUAAACCUAUAAUCUUCUGUUCUCUAUCCAUGGAAUUAGUCCACUGUGCAACCAGGAUGGAGCUAGCAUGCCAUGUUUUACGCAUACAAAGCUGUUCAUUUUAGUCUAUUCAAACAGACCCCAUUUCAAAGGAAACAAGUGCUCAUUAAGAUCAGGUGUGGCCAAUUAGUGGGCGCAGUCAACACACCUAAACACACUUAACAAGAUAGAGGAUAGAGAGUUUUGUUGAUGCUAAGAAUGGAAUGUAUUUAAGUAAUAAUGCCAGAGAAGCCGCUGUUUGGAGGAUAUAUUGGCACGGGUGUUGUUAGGCCAGAGACGAAGUUGAGGGCCGGCAAACCGUGCCAAUAUAUCCUCCAAACACCGGCUUUCGAGGGCAUUAUCACUUUUAUACAACGGGUUACCAACAUAUUUUUUGAUUAAUUUAUUAUUUUUUUGAUUAAUUUAUUCAUACUAUUUCAUGCUUCCACAAGAUAUAGUCCCGACACAAAUCUAGGGUUGCUACCCAAGCCGGCUGGUCGUUCGUUCUAUCGGUUCGGUUGCCAGAGAUGCGACCCAGUCGUUCAGUCUUUUUGUUCUGUAUCUAUGGACCCAGUCGUUCGUUCUAAAUGUUCCAUUGCCAUACUGGCAGGCAACGUUCUUAUCUCUUGCUUGCUAGCUAGCCAACUAUGGCUAACUUACAGUCACAUCAAACAGUGCAGCCAGAAUAACAACAGUAGCUGCAUUUGCAUUUGUUUAAGCUGUUUUUUAGUGACAUUUAUUUGUACACAUCCAUAACAAUGAGCUAAUGAAGCGCAAUUUCGCCUGCCAUAGAAAAUGUGCUCUCGUCAGGGUACUGUUGUUCAGAGGAGCUAGCCAACCACACAGCUAACACAAUUACUUCAAACUGAAGCUGGAAAGACCGCAAACUAGCUGCACUUCGUUUUGUUUGACCUUUUUUCAAUUGACAUUUCUUUGUACAUAUCCAAAAAAUGAUGCCAGCUGAUUCAUGAUUUCGACUGGCUGAGAAACGCUGCCUGCCUGCCUGUCUGUCAUGUCUCGACUCCCGACACAUUCAUUAUGGGACAGCUGGAGAUUUAAUUAGAAAAUGUAAACAAUGUUGCAAAUGUCAGAGAGACAGACCGCAAGGUUUAUACAAAUCUCCGCUGUUAAAAACACAUUUCUGUCUAAAGGAAAUGUGAGAUAAUGUCUAGAUGCUUUUUAUAGUGGAGAUCAAGUUUCUAAAUUGCCUGGCUGGGCUGAUGAGACAGUGGAUUGCGCAGUCAGAUGGAACAGAGUAAAUAGGCAUUUUAAUGUAAUAGAUUUAGCCGGUGGUAACUUGUGGAAUAGACACCGGCUGGAAUGCGGUUUUAACCAGUCAGCAUUCAGGAUUAGACAUUGUAUAUAUGUUUAAGAAUAACAUUCUUAGAACUAGGCUUGGGUGGUAUACUGUAUAUACCGUAUACCAGGGUAUUUGGAAAAAGCCACUGGACAGUUUUUCAAAAAUGUCACAUUUUUAUUUAAUUUUUUCAAUACAUUUGAAUAUUUGUAGCUACUUUUUAAAGAUGCAUUAUGCAGAAAUCGCUAAGCCAUUUCCUGGUUGUUAAAAUUCAAAUAGUUUUCCUAAUUUCAGUUUAUGUGACAAAACAAGCAAGUAUGGUGUAGAGAAUCAUUGUACCAUUUAAACCGCUGUGAAAUAUAUUUUCCUUAACCCCAAAUAUUGUAUUUUCAACUGUUUGAAGCUGGUGUACAAAACUGAAAGUAAAAGAUGCAAAAACGAAGCUAAAGAUUGGGAAGCAUAGAAAUAGCGCACAUAGAACAGAUCUACCGCUUGUUAGACUUGCUUUCAAUGCGAAUGACAGAUCUAUAAUACACAUUUCUAUGUGAAUUUGGUCAGGUUGCCCAAAAAGUACAUAAUGCAGCUUUAAUUGAUAUGGUGUAUGCCUCCACUACACUACAUUGAUAUGCAUCGAGGGGAUUAAGAAUUGAGGAUACGCAAUGCUCGCUCAAAAAUAAGUGGGUAUACAACAUAUACCUGCAUAUACCCUCCACUACACCACUUGGAAACCUGUAGGAAACGUUAUGCUGAAGUACUGAAAUUCCCACAGAAGAACGCUGUUUCUUAACGUUCCCUGAACUAUUUGAGAACAUUCCCAAUGUCAAAUCAGUUGAACGUUCCUAGAACAUGAAAUUAUAUGUAACCAUGUUGGAACUUUUAGGAAACGUUCUGUUAAAGCAGGGGUGUCAAACUCAUUCCACGGAGGGUCGAGUGUCUGCAGGUUUUUCCUUUCAGUUAAGACCUAGACAACCAGGUGAGGGGAGUUACUUACUAAUUAGUGACCUUAAUUCAUCAAUCAAGUACAAGGGUGCAGCGAAAACCCGCUGACACUCGGCCCUCCGUGGAAUGAGCUUGACACGUGUUAAAGUAAUGAAAUACUACGAAAAGUUCCUUAAAUGUGCUGAGAAUGUUCCAAAGUCAAGCAACUCUCCUGCACCAUUAACAGAAAGUUGUGGGAAGGUUGUAUGUACCAUAAGACAACCACGCUCUCACCAAGAACAUAUGGUUCUCAGAACGUUAUGUGCUAGCUGGGUUGUUCUCUCUCUGUUAUCACCACUCAUGCUAACAGGCUAGCACUGGCUUACAGCUUUCUCUCUUUCACACUUAGCAGGCACACUUACACACACAAACACACUUCAUCUGCUACACAAACUCUCUCACAACACACUUAGUAGUAGGGUAAACUAGCUUUCACAGUGCAGUUCACACACAGACCCUACACACUGACUAAACAACAUAGCCAGAUUAUGAUACUAUAUGUGGACGGGCAUACGGGUCAGCAUUUAGGCAAGGUAGUUGUUUUUCAAGUUUUGAACACUUGGUGACACUCUUCAAUGUCUUACUUCCAGAGUCUCAAGUCGGAUGAGGAUGCCGGAAGCCAUAAGGACACCAUCCAUCAAACCUUUGAGGCACAAGGUACUUAAAUAUUUUAUUUUAAAUAAGUUUACUUUAUUGUACAUUCAGUCUUCAAGACAGGAGUUUUCCUUGUUAGGUCAUGUGAUCAGGAAAAACUCCAAGCCCUAUUCAUACAGUCUAAUGCUAUACUCUUUGAGGGACUUUCAUCCUGACAUCUGGAUGUGUGUCUCAGGGCAGCAGAAGCGAUGGAAGCGGGACAGUUCGGAGAGCCUGCUCCGCUCCCCUGGGCCAGGGGCCGAGGUGGCAGACAGCCAGAUGAGGGCAGUAUGGGAGGAGCUUGGAGUAGGAGGAGGGGGCUUUCUGAACAGGCAGGAACUGUCCCUGGUCUGUGACCACCUUGGCCUGCAGGACCUGAAUCCAGAGGUAUGGCCAGCCCAACAUUUCAGCCAGUGGGUGUUUUAAUUCCCUAAUUCCCAUAUCUGUGCACUUGCUGACUACAAAGGCAUUGGAUUAGUGUAAACAUGGGCCAAGGGAGUUUCCUCUAUCUCUUAUACCAGUAUACAUCUGUCCAUUCCCUUUUAAGCCAUGAGGGGGAGUAAAAGAGUGCACACCUCAGGGAGACGGGCAGGGAAUCCGACUGCAGUCGGUGGUUACGUGCCAAAGAUACACUACAUUACCAAAAGUAUGUGGACACCUGCUCAUCGAACAUCUCAUUCCAAAAUCAUGGGCAUUAUUAUGGAGUUGGUCCCCCCUUUGCUGCUAUAACAGCCUCUACUCUUCUGGGAAGGCUUUCCACUAGAUGUUGGAACAUUGCUGUGGGGACUUCAGCCACAAGAGCGUUAGUGAGGUCGGGCACUGAUGUUGGGUGAUUAGGCCUGGCUCGCAGUCUACGUUCUAAUUCAUCCCAAAGGUGUUCGAUGGGGUUGAGGUCAGGGUUCUGUGCAGGUCAGUCAAGUUCUUCCACACCGAUCUCGACAAACCAUUUCUGUAUGGACCUCGCUUUGUGCACGGGGACAUUGUCAUGCUGAAACAGGAAUUUCCCCAAACUGUUGCCAAAACGUUGGAAGCACAGAAUCGACUAGAAUGUCAUUGUAUGCUGUACCGUUAAGAUUUCCCUUCACUUGAACUAAGAGGCCUAGCCCGAACCAUGAAAAACAGCCCCAGACCAUUAUUCUUUCUCCACCAAACUUAACAGUUGGCACUAUGCAUUGGGGCAGGUAGCGUUCUCCUGGCAUCCGCCAAACCCAGAUUUGUCAGUCGGACUGCCAGAUGGUGAAGUGUGAUUCAUCACUCCAGAGAAUGCGUUUCCACUGCUUCAGAGUCCAAUGGCGGUGAGCUUUACACUACUCCAGCCGACGCUUGGCAUUGGGCAUGUUGAUGAUAGGCUUGUGUGCGGCUGCUCGGCCAUGGAAACCCAUUUCAUGAAGCUCCCAACGAACAGUUAUUGUGCUUCCAGUGGCAGUUUGGAACUCGGUAGUGAGUGUUGCAACCGAGGACAGAUGAUUUUUACGUGCUUCAGCACUCGGCGGACCCAUUCUGUAUGCUUGUGUGGCCUACCACUUCACGGCUGAGCUGUUGUUGCUACUAGACGUUUCCACUUCACAAUAACAUCACUUACAGUUGAUCGGGGCGGCUCCAGCAGGACAGAAAUUUGACGAACUGAUUUGUUGGAAAGGUCGCAUCCUAUGACGAUGCCAUGUUUAAAGUCACUGAGCUCUUCAAUAAGGCCAUUCUACUGCCAAUGUUUGUCUAUGGAGAUUGCAUGGCUGUGUGCUCGAUUUUAUACACCUGUCAGCAACUGGUGUGGCUGAAAAAGCCGAUUCCACUAAUUUGAAGGGGUGUCCACAUACUUUUUUAUAUAUAGUGUAUAUUGGGUGUGUUAUGCUAGAUAUUAAUAGUUUGAAUCUUUCUCUCUGUAUCUGGGUUUCUGUAUUGAAUUUGACUUCAUGUUUUUAACCCCUGACUCGUUAUCACACAGGAGUUGGACGCCCUCUUCAGGAAGUUGGACACUGACCUGGAUGGGAGGAUCAGCCUCAGGAAGUUCCAGAAGGGUCUUUACAGAGAGGAGGGUGUCCCAGUUCCCACCUCCUCCUCCACCCCCAUACGCCCCAACCCCCAGCGCUCACUCCAGCAGGUGAGCAGACAGACAGACAGAACAACACCCUUUUUAGGGAACGCGUACAUGUUUAACAGUAAUUUAUUUAUAUGGAAAUGUUUGUGAGUGGGUCUGGGUCAGUACAGUAAAUGUAUGUAAUUAGGCCAGAAUAAUGAUCCGUGGAUAAUACAAAUGACAAUACAUUGGCACAUGGGACUGCCAUCUGUCUCGAACUGAAGGGAGUAUUUGAUAUGAAUUCUAUUUAUAACAAAAAAACUGUCACUUUGCAUUAAAUGUGUGGCUGAUUGGUGUUUGAAGCUGCAAUAUGUAACUUUUUGGGCGACCCAACCAAAUUCACAUAGGAAUGUGUGUUAUAGCUCUCAUUCUCAUUGUAAGCAUGUCUAAGAAGCAGUAGAUAUGUUCUAUGUGCGCUAUUUCUGUGCUUCACGUUCUUAAGUUCAGUUUUUGUGUCUUUUACUUUUGAUUUUGUACACCAGCUUCAACAGCUGAAAAUAAGGCAUUUUUUGUUAUUGAAAAUAUAUUUCACAGCAGUUUAGAUGGUACAAUGAUUCUCUACACUGCUUGUUUUGACCCACAAACUGAAAUUAGGAGAACUAUUAGAAAUUUAGCAACCAGGAAAUGGCAGAGCAAUUUUGGCAUAUUGCACCUUUAAGAACCCAGCUAGCACAUUUGAUUCCUUGGAAGUUGUAGGAACGUAAGGUUUUGGUUUCCCAUUGCUUCUGUGAACGAAGCCAUACAUUUCCUGACUGGUAAAGCACAACAUUUUUUAAAUGUUCUGAGAACGGAAGUGAACGUUUUGCCUGAUCUGGGAACGUAAAGUUUUAGGUUGCAGGGAGAUUCUGAGAAAGUUUUACUAUGAUUUCCUGAAAGUAUUCCUGUUGAAAAGUGAUAGUCCAAGUAUAAAUGCAGUAAAGUAGGCACACUAAACGGUAAAAAAAAAAGUUUUGAGUAAAAGAGUGUUUUUAGACUCAAAUCAAAUAUUAUUGGUCGUAUACACAUAUUUAGCAGAUGUUAUUGCAGGUGUAGCGAAAUGCUUGUGUUCCUAGCUCCAACAGUGCAGUACUAUCUAACAAUUCACAACAAUACACACAUCUAAAAUUAAAAUAAUGGAAUUAAGAAAUAUAUAAAUAUUAGGAUGAUCAAUGUUGGAGUGGCAUUGACGAGAAUACAGUAUAUACAUAUGAAAUGAGUAAAACAGUAUGUAAACAUUAUUAAAGUGACCAGUGUUCCAUUAUUAAAGUGACCAGUGAUUCAAUGUCUAUGUACAUAGGGCAGCAGCCUCCUAAGGUGCAGGGUUGAGUAACCAGGUGGUAGCUAGUGACGAUAACUAAGUUCAGGGCAGGGUUCUGGGUGGAUGCCGGCUAGUGAUGGCUAUUUAACAGUCUGAUGACCUUGAGAUAGAAGCUGUUUUUCAGUCUCUUGGUCCCAGCUUUGAUGCAUCUGUACUGACCUCACCUUCUAGAUGAUAGCGGGGUGAACAGGCUGUGGCUCAGAUGGUUGAUGUCGUUGAUGAUCUUUUUGACCUUCCUGUGACAUCGGGUGCUGUAGGUGUCUUGGAGGGCAGGCAGUGUGCCCCCGGUGAUGCGUUGGGCAGACCGCACCACCCUCUGGAGAGCCCUGCGGUUGCGGGCGGUACAGUUGCCGUACCAGGCGGUGAUACAGCCCGACAGGAUGCUCUCAAUGGUGCAUCUGUAAAAGUUUGUGAUGGUCUUAGGGACCAAGAAAAAUUUCUUCAGCCUCCUGAGGUUGAAGAGGCGCUGUUGUGCCUUCUUCACCACACUGUCUGCGUGGGUGGACCAUUCCAGUUUGUCAGUGAUGUGUCAGUGAAGUCCACAAUUAGCUCCUUUGUUUUGUUGACAUUGAGUGAGAGGUUAUUUUCCUGGCACCACUCCGACAGGGCCCUCACCUCCUCCCUGUAGGCUGUCUCGUCAUUGUUGGUAAUCAGGCCUACUACUGUUUUCAUCUGCAAACUUGAUGAUUGAGUUGGAGGCGUGCAUGGCCACAUAGUCAUGGGUGAACAGGGAGUACAGGAGAGGGCUGAGCACGCCAGGAAAAUAACCUCUCACUCAAUGUCAACAAAACAAAGGAGCUAAUUGUGGACUUCACUGACAAACUGGAAUGGUCCACCCACGCAGACAGUGUGGUGAAGAAGGCACAACAGCGCCUCUUCAACCUCAGGAGGCUGAAGAAAUUUGGCUUGGCACCGAAAACCCUCACAAACUUUUACAGAUGCACAAUUGAGAGCAUCCUGUCGGGCUCUAUCACCGCCUGGUACGGCAACUGCACCACCUGCAACCGCAGGGCUCUCCAGAGGGUGGUGGGGUCUGCCCAACACAUCAUCGGGGGCAAACUACCUGCCCUCCAAGACACCUACAGCACCCAAUGUCACAGGAAGGCCAAAAAGAUCAUCAAGGACAACAACUACCCGAGCCACUGCUUGUUCACCCCGCUAUCAUCCAGAAGGCGUGGUCAGUACAGGUGCAGCAAAGCUGGGACCGAGAGACUGAAAAACAGCUUCUAUCUCAAGGCCAUCAGACUGUUAAAUAGCCAUCACUAGCACAUUAGAGGCUGCUGCCCAAUAUACAUAGACUGGAAUCACUGGCCACUUUAAUAAUGGAACACUAGUCACUUUAAUAAUGUUUACAUAUUUUGUAUUACUCAUCUCAUAUGUACAGUAUCUCACAAAAGUGAGUACACCCCUCACAUUUUUGUAAAUAUUUGAGUAUAUCUUUUCAUGUGACAACACUGAAGAAAUUACACUUUGCUACAAUGUAAAGUAGUGAGUGUACAGCUUGUAUAACAGUGUACAUUUGCUGUCCCCUCAAAAUAACUCAACACACAGCCAUUAAUGUCUAAACCGCUGGCAACAAAAGUGAGUACAUCCCUAAGUGAAAAUGUCCAAAUUGGGCCCAAUUAGCCAUUUUCCCUCCCCGGUGUCAUGUGACUCGUUAGUGUUACAAGGUCUCAGGUGUGAAUGGGGAGAAGGUGUGUUACAUUUGGUGUCAUCGCUCUCACACUCCCUCAUACUGGUCACUGGAAGUUCAACAUGGCACCUCAUGGCGAAGAACUCUCUGAGGAUCUGAAAAAAAGAAUUGUUGCUCUACAUUAAGAUGACCUGGGCUAUAAGAAGAUUGCCAAGACCCUGAAACUGAGCUGCAGCACGGUGGCCAAGACCAUACAGCGGUUUAACAGGACAGGUUCCACUCAGAACAGGCCUCGCCAUGGUCGACCAAAGAAGUUGAGUGCACGUGCUCAGCGUCAUAUCCAGAGGUUGUCUUUGGGAAAUAGACGUAUGAGAGCUGUCAGCAUUGCUGCAGAGGUUGAAGGGGUGGGGGGGUCAGCCGGUCAGUGCUCAGACCAUAUGCCGCACACUGCAUCAAAUUGGUCUGCAUGGCUGUCGUCCCAGGAGGAAGCCUCUUUUAGAUGAUGCACAAGAAAGCCCGCAAACAGUUUGCUGAAGACAAGCAGACUAAGGACAUGGAUUACUGGAACCAUGUCCUGUGGUCUGAUGAGACCAAGAUAAACUUAUUUGGUUCAGAUGGUGUCAAGCGUGUGUGGCGGCAACCAGGUGAGGAGUACAAAGACAAGUGUGUCUUGCCUACAGUCAAGCAUGGUGGUGGGAGUGUCAUGGUCUGGGGCUGCAUGAGUGCUGCCGGCACUGGGGAGCUACAGUUCAUUGAGGGAACCAUGAAUGCCAACAUGUACUGUGACAUACUGAAGCAGAGCAUGAUCCCCUCCCUUCGGAGACUGGGCCGCAGGGCAGUAUUCCAACAUGAUAACGACCCCAAACACACCUCCAAGACGACCACUGCCUUGCUAAAGAAGAUGAGGGUAAAGGUGAUGGACUGGCCAAGGAUGUCUCCAGACCUAAACCCUAUUGAGCAUCUGUGGCAUCCUCAAACGGAAGGUGGAGGAGUGCAAGGUCUCUAACAUCCACCAGCUCUGUGAUGUCAUCAUGGAGGAGUGGAAGAGGACUCCAGUGGCAACCUGUGAAGCUCUAGUGAACUCCAUGCCCAAGAGGGUUAAGGCAGUGCUGGAAAAUGAUGGUGGCCACACAAAAUAUUGACACUUUGGGCCCAAUUUGGACAUUUUCACUUAGGGGUGUACUCACUUUUGUUGCCAGCGGUUUAGACAUUAAUGGCUGUGUGUUGUGUUAUUUUGAGGGGACAGAAAUGUACACUGUUAUACAAGCUGUACACUCACUACUUUACAUUGUAGCAAAGUGUCAUUUCUUCAGUGUUGUCACAUGAAAAGAUAUACUCAAAUAUUUACAAAAAUGUGAGGGGUGUACUCACUUUUGUGAGAUACUGUAUAUACUGCAUUCUGUUCUGUUCUGUAUCAUAGUCUGACAUUGCUCGUCCAAAUAUUUAUAUAUUCUUAAUUCCAUUCCUUUAGUUUAUAUUUGUGUGUAUUGUUGUGAAUUUGUUAGAUAUUACUUGUUGGAUAUUACUGCACUGUUGGAGCUAGAAACACAAACAUUUUGCUACACCCGCAAUAACAUCUGCUAAACACGUGUAUGUGACCAAUACAAUUGGAUUUGAUUUCCUUGAGGAACAAUAUAGGAAAUUUAGAGAACAAAAUUGGAAAGGCCCAUUUCCCCCCCCCCACAUUUGUGCUAUGACAUGACUUACCUGGACCACCUAUUGAGAUGUGCCUUUUGGUAAGUAAAUUAGGUGAAAAGUAGAGUCACUUCAAUGUUCUGAGAAUGGAAAUUAUUAUUUGGGGUUUACUUUCUUGAACCUCAAACACAGAUAGAACACAUGGAAAUUAAUUUCUUUAGGCAUUAAUCAUGCAAACACAUGUAUUUUUUAUCGUGACAUAGCAUCAGUGAGAUUCAAACCUAUGAUCUUCUGUUCUCUAUCCAUGGAAUUAGUCCACUGCGCCACCAGGAUGGAGCUAGUAUGCCAUGUUUUUUUGAAACUCCAACAAAGCUGUUAAUUUUAGUCUAUUCAAACAGACCCCAUUUCAAUGGAAACAAGCACUAAUUAAGAUUAAGUGUGGCCAAUUAGUGGGCACGGCCAACACACCUGAAAACACUUUACCAUAUAAAGGAUAGAGAGUUUUGUUUACACUGAGAACGGAAUGUAUGUUUUUAAAUAACAUUCUUUGGAUGUUACUAAUGUUCUUGUGUUUUUUAUGGAAAGUUUUGUUUUGUUUGAGAACAUGACUUUAAAUAGAACCAUAAGGAAACCUGCAGAAAACGUUAUGCUGAAGUACUGAAAUUCCCACAGAAGAACGUUGUUUCUAAAAAGUUAUCUGAACGUUCUGAGAAAAUGACUUUAAAUAGAACCAUGAGGAAAGGUUAUGCUGAAAUACUGAAAUUGUCAAACCAGUUGGAGAAUGUUCCUAGAACAUUACCAAAAUUUAAAUUAAAUGUAAUCAUAUUUGAACUUUUUCGGAAAUGUUUUUUUUUUUGUCAAGUUCCUUAAAUGUGCUGAGAAUGUUCCAAAGCCAAGCAACUAUCCUGCACCAUUCCCAGAACGUUGUGGGAAGGUUGUAUGCAAAAUAACCAUAAUACAACCAUGCUUUCACCAAGCUCUAAGAAACAUAUGGUUCUCCAAACGUUAUGUGCUAGCUGGGGAGGCUCUUGAAAUAUUCUCUGUGGCUCAUAGUUUAGUUUAGGAUUAAGAUAAAGGCAUAAUAAGGUAUUCAAAAUAUGAUCUAUUGAUUAGAAAUUGUCCCUUCCCUUCAGUAUCUGACAUAAAAGGCAAACUGUUAUACACAGAAACUGUAACCCAAUUCUGAUAUUUUUUUCACUAAUUGGUCUUCUGACCGAUCAGAUCAGCUCUGAAAAAGAUCUGAUAUAUAAAGAUCUGAUGUGAUUGGUCAAAAGACCAAUUAGACCGCCACAUCCGGCUUCUUCACCUGUGGGAUCGUUUGAGACCAGCCACCCAGACAGCUGAGGAAACUGAGGAGUAUUUCUGCCUGUAAUAAAGGCCUUUUGUGGGGAAAAACACAUUUUGAUUGGCUGGGCCUGGCUCCCCAGUGGGUGGGCCUAUGACCUCCCAGUCCCACCCAGGGCUGCGCCCCUGCCCAGUCAUGUGAAGUCCAUAGAUGAGGGCCUAAUUAAUUAAUUUCAAUUGACUGAUUUCCUUAUAUGACCUGUAAGAGCCAAUUUAUGCUUUAUCCGAAAAUGUGGUUGGAGGCGCCGCAUGGAUGGUGUGACGAAUUGCGGAGCCUCUGGAGGCACGCAGAGGCCAAGUUGAGCUCUGUACUGCAUCGCCAUGCGGCUCUAAAAAAAUUUAACAAUGUGGAGGGCUCCGUAUAGCUCCGCAUUUACAUGAUUGGUUGACAGUAGGUGAGGGCGGGAGGUCCUGUAAAACACAAACUCACUUCCUUGAAAACUUCCUUCACAACAGCUCUGCGCUGCUCUGAGAAGCGCAAAACGGAUGUUUGCUCUGACUUCUGCGGCCACAUUGCAGUAAAUGCUGUAUGGCCAAUGCAGACGUCGUAUUGACCAUGCAGCACCUUUAACUCAGUCAAAUCGUUUAAAUUGUUGCAUGUUUCGUUUAUAUUUUUGUUCACUAUAGUAGGCUGGCUGGCUGUCUGUCUGUCUCUCUCAGAUGACGAAUGCUCCAAUUUCCUGCUGGUCAAUUAAGGAAUUUUAGGCAGCAGCCAAUCAAGUAAUUGACUGUUGGGGCAGAGCUUAGUCUGCCCUUCAUGCGUUCCCUUGCUGAAUUACCAUUUCCACACAAAGAGAAAGCCAAAGUUAGAAAUCAUGUAUUGCACAUCAAGCCUGAUAUCUGGGUGUGGUUUGUUAACAUGGGCUAUGAAAGACAACAUCCUUUCUUUCAAAGCUUGGCAUGUUGGUGCCUCCCAGGUAUUAGGAACAACUAGCUACAUGAACCAGCACUGAGACACAAGUGUGUUUCUCAGACUUGUUCAGAAACUAAAUACUACCUCUACUCCUCCAUGUCCCAAACUGGUGUGGGAUGUAAGCUGUGAGCAAAUGGGGAAUGGAAUGUAGGUUAAGCCAGAUUAAGUGUUAUGACUGUAAAAUGGCGUUUAUUAGUGGCGCGUGAAAUACAUGUAUUUGUGGCGCUGAAGCUCUUUUGUCUAUGGGAGUCUGGAUUACACAAUGCACAGUGGAGGUCAGGUUAUUCUUAGAGAAAGCGGUAUGACCGAAGGAGGUGUUCCUGCUACAAUGCCCCUCAAGGACUUCUUUGUAUUUCUAUGGCAUUGGGAACAGAGGUGAGGCUACACAGCACGCAUGCAGUGCGCAGUGCCGCACUGAUCUGCAGCAGUGUUCUGUGGAGGAGGAACUAAAUUGGGCCAUCAGCUAGCCUGUCCCUGUAGCUCUCAUGUCUUCCUCUGUUUUCUCCCAGACCUUUGAGGAGCGGAUGGUGCGCUCCACCUCUCCCUCUCUCCUGUCUGCCACCGUGGGCCAGAGGCUGCUGACCAGGCUGGACGAUGGGUCAGGCUGCACCAGUCCAGAGAGGGUCAUCACCCUCUGGAACGAGGAGGGCAUCCGGAACAGCAGGGACAUCCUACAGGUCAGUGCCGGACUUGUACCAUGACAGGUCAGGCUUGUUGGAACCUGUCACACUAUGUGUUUGGUGUUAGAUAAUAAGCAGCCAGUGUGAACGUCAUGUGGGUUUUAGUGGUUUAGUAUGCUCUGGGUUUGUGAGUACAAUCUGUGAAAGGUAAGCUUUGUGAGAAAGUUAUGAACCAAUGUACGUGUUCAUACUAUUACUGUUUCUAUUUGAAUGUCCUCCAGUCAUGGAUACACACGCUCAUUGCUUGUACCAGUUAUUUUCAGAAGUAGCCUUGAAAUGUUGAUUACUCUUUCUUUGCGGCUACUUGAAUUGAUACGUUGUUGAAAAGCCUUGGUGUUCAGAGGUUGGUACAGGAUAAAGAAAGCUGCAGGGUUUCUCAUUUCAUCAUUUUGAUCAGACAAGUUACAUAAACAGUAUUUCUGACUCCUUUAGGAGCCUAUCUCCUUCCUGUGUGUAAAAUGUGUAAUAGGAGGAGAAUAGAGAUUGUGGGUUCAGUUACAUGUUGCGGAUGUUCUUUUGUUUUAGAUUACAUGCUGUGGUGUAAAACUAUAAUCUAUGUAAUGCUGCCAACAAAUGGCCCUAGCUAGACAUGCUCAGAUUAUAUUAUGUGUUACUGAAAUAAUCCUUUUGUAAUCUGACACAUUUUAUUGCAUGAACUGAACUUUGAUCUGAAUUUAUAUUUACCAUACACCAGUUGUCAAAACACCUGGGGCCUCAUUUAUAAAUGUUGCGUAUGCAUAAAAUAUGCCCAAAAACAUGCGUGCGCCAGUUUUCAUGCAAAAGUUGGCAUUUAUGAAAACGGAACUUGACGUGAGAAUUUGCUUAUCAUCCCGCAAUCUUUAGACCAUGUGUACACACAGUUUCUAGUGGCUAAAGGAUUGCAUUGCAAGAAGGCAAAAUGAGCCUUGUGCAGGAAGACACAACGCUCUUUUUCAUAACAAAAACAGAUCAUUUCCAUGAUCAGUGCAGAAUAAAUAACUCACCUUUUCUGACUGAUGGUUUCGUACUCGCGAAAUAGCCGAUAGGCUUACAACAAGUUAGGAUAGGCUACCAGUCGUCCCAUGUGGCUCAGUUGAUAGAGUAUAGUGCUUGCAAUGCCAGGUUUGAUGUUUGUGGGUUUGAUUCCCAUGGAGGACCAGUACAAAAAUUUUAAAAAAAAAUUAUGCACUUACUGUAAGUCGCUCCGGAUAAGAGCGUCUGCUAAAUUACUAAAAUGUAAAAAUUUCCCAUCUCUCAUUUAAUUGGACCCACUUCACAGUAGUAAGUAGAUAAGCUAAUUAAAGUAUUUUGCUCUAUGCGAUCCGAUGCGCAGUUCAAAGGUAGACCAGACGGUUCACCUUUUCCAUUGAUGUUUGUAAGUGAGGUCUGAAUACUGUAAUUUCACAUUUCUCGAGUAGACAAUAUUUCAUUUUAUAAACAUAAUGCAUGUAUCAUAAUCAUUGCAGAAUGAAUUCCUCACCUUUUCUGGUCAUGAUGAGUUCAUAUUCCCAAAGUAGCCAUACAACAAAUUACCAUACACAUCUAUUAAUUGGGCCUAUUAGAUAGGCAAUUAUAAUUUCUAGUUUUUGCUCUAUGUAUCCGAAAGGGAGCUUGGUUUCUAACAUACAUUCCAAUUGAACAGGUGAACAGAUAUUUUGCAUUGAGUAGGCUACCACUGUAAGUAGGCCUACUGUCGUUUUUUGUGUGUUUUUUCUGAGUAGACAUUGUUUCAGAAUUUGUGGGCAGUGCAGCAUAUUUAGGUUUGGGAAAACAUAAAUGCAAAACAUUAUUGAAUUCAAACAAUAUGUUUACAGGUCCACAACAAUUCGUAAUAGUUUUUGUCUUUCAGAAAUUUCAGGGCUAUAGCAAAUGUCACUGCAAAAGAAAACAUUCUGCCAACACCUCCAAAAACAAUUGAUCAAGUUCACCAUUGCUUUUUUCUUUAGAUACUGUCUUGGCCUAAUUCUAAUACUUCCAAAGUAUUCAGCAAAUAAGGGCGUUAAUGUCACUAUGCAAGAUGAAUGAUGGGUGUUAUAAUGCUCUUUCACACUCGUACUGUCCCCUCCAGACUCUGGACUUCCCCCUGGAGGAGCGGGUCAGUCUGGUGGAGCUCACCCUGGCCCUGGACAAUGAGCUGCUGGUCAGCGGCAACGGCAUCCACCAGGCCGCUCUCAUCUCUUACAAGAACGAGAUCCAGUUCCUCCAGUGAGUCUUUGGUUUGAUAAUGUAUACUUUGGUAUUGCAUGCUUCCGUUGGACUCUAUAGAGGUUAUGGUCAAAGAGACUUUAGUGUAUCCUCUGGAUUCAUUUCCUGUAUGCGCCAAUGACUGUAAACUGAGACCAAUUCAUUUACAUCAACUCUUGAUUGAUUUCAUGGUCAAGCAUUGCAUAAUGGAUUUUUGGUUGAUAGAUUUUUACUGUGUCUCCACCUAGAGGUGAGAGAUUUUGAUGCUUUUAUAUUAUUGAUUGUAACGAUCAUUGCCUUGUCAGUUUACUGACCAACUUUGGAACCACAAUACUGCAUUCUUUCAGCGUUUUUUGAUUCUUUGUGCAUAAUGUACAUAGAAUAUCUGCUGUUAAAGUUAGUGCUCCAUGAUCAGGUCAUUCUGGUGAGUGUUGUGCUUAGGUCCAUGCUCAGAUGUCUGUCCACUGUCUGUCCCUCAGGGUCCUAGCAGACCAGGCGUGUCAGGAAAGGGACAAGGUCAAGGCCGACCUGGAGUGGGCCGACAGGAGGAACCUCCAGCUGGUCAGAGAGGUGGAUGACAGGCACGCCACCAUUGAGUCACUGAAUGAAACCAAAAUCAAGUAAGACCUUCUCUUCCUUAUCACCUCCAUAUCAUUCUGUAUGUUACAGAUUACAGACUGAUCUGAUGGUUGGAAAAUCUUGCUUGACUGGUUGUGUAUUGUCAUGCGUGGAGGAUGGACCAUUUAGUUAAACUUCCCUCUGAUUGGCAGGGGUCUGGAGCAGGAGUUCCGGGAUAGGCUAAUGGCCCUGCGCAGUGAAUCGGAGCAAGAGAGCGAGGUCCUGCUGCAGCAGGUGGAGUUUGAGCGGGCCAAGCUCAAAGAGGAAGUGGAGGUCCUACAUGCACAGGAUGCCAGUCUGCAGGAGGAAAUCUGUAAUGCCACCCAGGUGACUAUCGCUAUAGAUACACACCAUGAGGUUUUUACAAUGAUAAGAGUGCUAGGAAUGCAGGUGAUUGCUUGACCACCCUGCCUACAAGAUUCCUUGAGCUUAGCCUCUAUUUGAAUUCAUUGCAUAAGAGGCUCCUCAUGCUUUUGAAUGCAUGUAUUUUGUAUGAGUAUAAACUGGUUAAUGUUCUGCAAGGAAUUCGUUUUCAUCUCCCUCCCAGUCUCCUCUCUAGAGAACUCAAAUGAGAGGAUUAGAUUAGUUCAUGUGAUUUUGGUUUUUGCCUUCCUGCUUGCAACAUCCACCUCCAGACACAGACAUGCUCUAUUCAGACUCCUACUAGACCCACUCGCCCACGGACAACCAACCAAUGGCAGACUGCGGCUUAGCUUCUUAACUAUCCCCCGUCGUUAGUACUCCUAUUGUUCUCUGUUAUGGAGUGAUUAUACCGUGUUGCUGUGGAUAUCUUAAAGCGGUAUCGUAUCACUCUCAAUAACCCUCCCUCUGGGCUAACAGGAGAACGGACGUUUGGAGGAGGAGGGCAGUGUUCUGAAGGGGAAGCUGUCAGAGGCAGAGAACACCAUCUCCAAGCUGCAGAGAGACCUGGACCAGCUCCUACUAGACAAGGUGAGAGGGAACUAUGUGAGAAUGGGCGUGAUGUAGGGUGACCACAUUUAAAAUACCCAAAUGCAGGACAACAGGAUGAUUUUGCGGGACAGUGUAGCCUACACAUUAAUGUUUUUUUUGGGCAGCACCCCUCAGGGAAUGUAAACAGUUAGGAAGGGAAACUUUUAAAAUGGGAUUGAGUGAAGUAGCAGAAAAUAUGUUUAAUGAGCAUGGAGAUUUUUACGAAAUUACCUUUCAGUCUAAUACAGCUAUUAAAAUGCUUCAAAAGAGAGGUUGGAAUGUCAAUUCUCAUCAAAUUAAUAGAAAGUCUGAUUGAAAUAUGGAACAAAUCAACCUAUUUCUCUAAAUUAGUGGUGUUUUAAUUUGUUGAUAAAAUGCGGGACAAAGGGCCAAAAUGCGGGACAUGUGGUCACCCUAGCGUGAUGAUGUCCUGCUGUGUUAACUCAUCCCUCAGGGAGUGAGCAGUGCGGUUUUGCCAGAAAUUAAUGAUUGAUGAGGGUUUCCGUUUUGGUUGGCUGACAGUUUGGGAGCCUGGAUCCGAACAACACAGGACUGCUGAACCAGGAGGAGCGCUUCUCUGAGAUCAUCAAGGAGUACAAGCUGCAGUGCCGGGUAAGAGUGUGUGCAUGUGUGUUUACAGAAUCAUGCCUUGGUUGGAACCCCCAAGGGGGCUUGACCUGGUUUACCUUUCACAAUUUUCCAAAGCAUAGUGCAGUAAUUAGUUAUACACUGCAUACAUAACAUUCAUGAUUUAUGGUAAACUAUUUUUAAGGACUUUUUGUUUACUUGCCUGGACAGAGCAGAGACCUGUUUUGAGUGUAUGAAUGACAAGCCUCUUGAUUUAUCCAAACGCCUCCCAUUUUGGGAAACUAGAAAGUGAAGGUUAGCGUGUGUUAUUCUAGGUUCACAGAAUAAGUGUUGCUGUGUGGUUUGAUUAGCAUGUGCGUGGCAGUUAGUGAGGACAUUGUGACUGGUACUGAUCUAUCUUUAUAGUAGUUCUGCUGUGUUUUGCUGUGUUUGUUAUGUAUGUUUGUCAGAAGUAUUGCAUGUUAAAUGACACGUCUGUGUCUCACAGGAGCUGCGGGACCGGAAUGACGAGUUGAACUCUGAGGUGGAGAUGUUAAAGAGUCAGGGGAUGGGGAGGCGACCCAGACGGGCAAGAGACACGUCCACACACGCUUGGUCCAGCCGACGAUCACUGACCUCUGAGUCUGACUCUGGUAAAUCCCACUCAUAGCCCUAAGCCAUAUACUGUGUUCACUGAUUUGUCCCUAUAAUUUAUAUCCGUGCCCUGAUUAGAACAUAGUGAUUUGUUUUCGGUUUUAAAUGUAUUUAUUUAGACCUACAGUAUAUGCUGUAUACUAAAGUGUUGCCUGAAAAUAUAUACUGUAUAUGGGCCUUGUCCUUGGAGGACUGAAGGGCCCCUCCUAUCUCUCUCCCCCACCCAUGUAUGCACAUACACGCCCUCUUUCACACACACCCUCUAAUUUCUCCACUCAGUCCCACUCCAGACACUGACAGUUUCACUUUAGUCACUGACCUACUCUCUACAGUAAUCUUGUCCAUUGUGCUUCAGAUGAGCCUGAGAUGAAAAGAGGCAUAUCUCCCAUGGCUAGGAAAAAGCGACAAGUGGCCGAUAAGAAUGGUAAGAAUUGGAAACAAUCAAUCAUUUUUUCCCUCUCUGUAAAAACCUGUUGGGACUCACACACCUUGGUGUUUUUGUUUCUGUUCCCUCAGGCCUGGGUUCUCUGGAGAGUCUGCCAGGCCCUGUUGUGAGCAUUGAGACGGAGAUGGCCAUGGGACAGCUUAAGGAGAGGCACAGCCAGGAGGUGCAGGACCUGAAGAUUGAGUUGGAGACCAAGGUAGAGGAGGCAAUCUGAUACGUACGCUCACACUAGGGUUUAAUAUUUUCCCGAGAAUCUACCAAUUUUCCUUCCUGAGAAAAAUGCAAGAAAUUACUGGCUUCCUGGUAUUCCUGUUCAAACCGGAAGUGCUAUUUAAAAGCACUUCGCUUAUUAUGGUGAUUUUGUCAGAGGGAACAUAUCUGAUUCUCCGCUUAUCAAACAGAUAAGCUGUAGCGAAGAUUCAGCACGAUGGAUAGCGCUGCGGUUGAUCAAUUGCCCAUGAAUCUAAACUCGCCAUGAAUCAUGGCCAUUCUAAGGUAGGCUAUAUUUUACAUAAAAGUUAACAUUUAAUUAUUGCAUUCAUUAUCAUUCGUUAGCAUAAAAAUAUAUGGUACGCCUAUAUCUAGCAAUAAAGUAAAUGAUAAUCUCUCAUGGUUUUCUUUUUAAAUGUUUAUUUAGUCACAGCAUAAAAUAAAUGAAAUGUGAGCCUUCUGGCUACACAAACGUGGACUAUAGGCUAUAAUAGAAUUAACUAACCAAAGACCCACCCACCCUAGACCCACUUCAAUUUGCUUACCGCCCCAAUACAUCCACAGACGAUGCAAUCGCCAUCACACUGCACACUGCCCUAUCCAAUCUGGACAAGAGUAAUACCUAUGUAAGAAUGCUGUUCAUUGACUAGCUCAGCAUUCAACACCAUAGUACCCUCCAAGCUCAUCAUUAAGCUCGAGGCCCUGGGUCUGAACCACGCCCUGUGGAACUGGGUCCUGGACUUCCUGACGGGCCAACACAGGUGAGGGCUCUGGGUGUGUGGUGCCAGGAAAAUAACCUCUCACUCAACGUCAACAAAAACAAAGGAGAUGAUCGUGGAUUUCAGGAAACAGCAGAGGGUGCACCCCCCUAUCCACAUCGACGGGCCACAGUGGAGAAGGUGGAAAGCUUCAAGUUCCUCGGCGUACACAUCACUGACAAACUGAAAUGGUCCACCCACGCAGACAGUGUGGUGAAGAAGGCGCAACAUAGCCUCUUCAACCUCAGGAGGCUGAAGAAAUUUGGCUUGGCACCUAAAACCCUCACAAACUUUUACAGAUGCACAAUUGAGAGCAUCCUGUUGGGCUGUAUCACCGCCUGGUACGGCAACUGCACCGCCCGCAACCGCAGGGCUCUCCAGAGGGUGGUGCUGUCUGCCGAACGCAUAACCGGGGGCAAACUACCCGCCCUCCAAGAUACCUACAGCACCCGAUGUUACAGGAAGGCCAAAAAGAUCAUCAAAGACAUCAACCACCCGAGCCACUGCCUGUUCACCCUGCUAUCAUCCAGAAGGCGAGGUCAGUACAGGUGUAUCAAAGCUGGGACCGAGAGAAUGAAAAACAGCUUCAAUCUCAAGGCCAUCAGACUGUUAAAUAGCCAUCACUAGCCCAUUAGAGGCAGCUGCUGCUGCCUAUUGAAAUCACUGGCCACUUUAAGAAAUGGAACACUUGUCACUUUAAUAAUGUUUACAUAUAUAUCUUGCACUACUCAUCUCAUAUGUAUAUACUGUAUUCUAUUCUAUAAUAUUCUACUGUAUCUUAGUCCAUGCCGCUCUGUCAUUGCUUGUCCAUAUGUAUAUAUUCUUAAAUUCCAUUCCUUACUAGAUUUGUGUGUAUUGGGUAUAUGUUGUGAAAUUGUUAGAUAUUACUGCACUGUCGGAGCUAGAAGCACAAGCAUUUCGCUACACCCGCAAUAACAUCUGCUAAACACGUGUAUGUGACAAAUAAAUUAUUUUAUUUCUUAUUUUCCAUUAUUACUUUUAUUCAGGACAGAAAAACAAAGAUUUUCAUAAAACUUGCUUGUUCAAUUCGAGUUCAUUAAAAGACACCCGGUUCUCGCAUCAUUUUUCAACAUGAAAAACAGACUUGUUUAGAAACAGAAUAACUAUAAUUAUAGGAAGGACUAACUGUAAUUGUAGCUGACUAAUUGUCAAGACCCAGCCAAACAAAUGUAGAAUAAUUCUACACACAAAUGUAGGCUAUAGGCUGCGGAAAAUAACCUGGUAGGCUUAACCUGUAGCUAGCUAACAAACAAACAAAAUAAUUUGCAUAGGCUUUAGGCCGUACCUGUUUAACUUACAUUUUAUCUGAUGAAGUGGUCUCUCAAAAAGCACAGUGCAUAAAUUCUUCCCAGACAGGCGGUUUCUGAUCUUCGCCACAAAUUGGCCACAGACUGAGAAGGCUCUCUUGGCCUCCACGGAGGUAGCCUGGAUCGUGGCGAGCACCUCAAACAGGUGCGGCAGGUAUUUUGACCUGUUUGUUGCUUCAAACAGACUGAAUUGCUUAGACAGGAUUUUCAGCAGGUUGGUUUGGCAUUCGGCUUCGUUGGCAAAUUUUUUUUUUUUAUCUUUGCCACACAGACUUUUUUAAUCAUGCUGAACAAAAAUAAAAAUGCAACAAUUAACCAUUUUACUGAUUUACAGUUCAUAUAAGGAAAUCAGUCAAUUGAAAUAAAUUCAUUAGGCCCUAAUCUAUGGAUUUCACAUGACUGGGAAUACAGAUAUGCAUCUGUUGGUCACAGAUACAUACAAAAAAAAGGUAAGGGCGUGGAUCAGAAAACCAGUCAGUAUCUGGUGUGACCACCAUUUUCCUCAUGCAGCGCGACACAUCUCCUUCACAUAGAGUUGAUCAGGCUGUUAACUGUGGCCGGUGGAAUGUUGUCCCACUCCUCUUCAGUGGCUGUGCGAAGUUGCUGGAUAUUGGUGGAAACUGGAACACGCUGUCGUACACAUCGAUCCAGAGCAUCCCAAACAUGCUCAAUGGGUGACAUGUCUGGUGAGAAUGCAGGCUAUGGAAGAACUGGGAGAUUUUCAGCUUCCAGGAAUUGUGUACAGAUCUUUGCGACAUGGAGCCAUGCAUUAUCAUGCUGAAACAUGUGAUGGUGGUGAUGAAUGGUAUGACAAUGGGCCUCAGUAUCUUGUCAUGGUAUCUCUGUGCAUUCAAAUUGCAGUCGAUAAAAUGCAAUUGUGUUCAUUGUCCGAGCUUAUUCCUGCCCAUACCAUAACCCCACCGCCACCAUGGGGCACUCUGUUCACAACGUUCACAUCAGCAAACUGCUCGCCCACACGACGCACAGUCUGCCAUCUGCCCGGUACAUUUGAAACCGGGAUUCAUCCAUGAAGAGGACACUUCUCCGGCAUGCCAGUGGCCGUCGAAGUUGAGCAUAUGCCCACUGAAGUCAGUUACGAUGCCGAACUGCAGUCAGGUCAAGACCCUGGUGAGGACGAUGAGCACGCAGAUUAGCUUUCUGACAGUUUGUGCAGAAAUUAUUCGGUUGUGCAAACCCACAGUUUCAUCAGCUGUCUGGGUGGCUGGUUUCAGACGAUCCCGCAGGUGAAGAAGCCGGAUGUGGAGGUCAUGGCCUGGCGUGGUUACACGUGGUCUGUGGUUGAGGUCGGUUGGACGGACUGCCAAAUUCUCUAAAACAACGUUGGAGGGGGCUUAUGGUAGAGAAAUAAACAUUCAAUUAUCUGGCAACAGCUCUGGUGGACAUUCCUGCAGUCAGCAUGCCAAUUGCACGCUCCCUCAAAACUUGAGACAUCUGUGGCAUUGUGUUGUGUGACAAAACUGCACAUUUUAGUGGCCUUUUUAUUGUCCCAAGCACAAGGUGCACCUGUGUAAUAAUCAUGCUGUUCAAUCAUCAUCUUGAUAUGCCACACCUGUCAGGUGGAUGGAUUAUCUUGGCAAAGUAGAAAUGCUCACUAACAGGGUUGUAACCAAAUUUGAGAGAAAUAAGCUUUUUGUGCGUAUGGAAAAUUCUGGGAUCUUUUAUUUCAGCUCAUGAAACAUGGGACCAACCCUUUACAUGUUGCGUUUAUAUUUUUGUUCAGUGUAAUAAAUGCAGGUAGGCCUACCAAUAGCGACUUUGUGUAAGUGAAUACGGUAGGCUACAACAACACACCCUGAGCAUUGAUUAUUGAUCAUGCAGAUAGCAGAGCAGGCCAUAUGAAGACAGAUUUAGACAUUGCAUAUAAUUUAACAGUUCAAUUUUAUGUCACGUUGUUCAUAUAAAUUAUUUAUUCUAAUUUACGUGUUUCUCGCUAUUAUUUAUCCCGGGAAAGGGUCGUGGGUUUGGGAGGGAAUUCCCAGUAACCUGGUUCCUGCCAUUAAACCCUAGCUCACACGUUUUUGUAUUGUUUUAAUUACCGUCUCCUAUUCUUUAUGUGAAAUUGAAAGGUCCAAAAUUAUUGGUAAUUUGAAUGAAACUAUAUGAAAAACUGAACUAACUUCAGUACAUGGGAGGCCCAUUUUUCAAAUUCUGGAAUAUCCAUGACCCUCCUCAUCCUCGCCCCACAGGUGAACUUCUACGAGCGCAGCCUGGAGCUGAUGCGACGGAACAUGGAGGUGGAGAGGAAGGACAUCUCUCAGGGCUUCAAGGUGGAGAUCAGUGAGCUGGAGGAGGAGAAGGCCCAGGCUGUGGAGCAGGUUAUGAGGCUAAGAGAGACAGUGGAGAAGCUGCAGACCGAGCUACAGAGCAGCUCCAGGGGCCUGGGAGGGCCAGGCUGGGGCGCUGACCAGGAGAGAAGGGCCCAGCGCGAACAGGCUGAGCUAGAGCAGAACUAUGCCCGGGAGAUCAGUAACCUGGUCCAGAGGCUGACCUCCGAGAAAGACCAGCUAGAGGCUGAGCUGAAGCUCAAGAUGGACCAGGAAGUACUGCUCGUAAGGUGGGUGUGGCCAGACUAUCCUCCUUGCCAGGCCUGUCUUCUGAAAUUCAAACCAAUUCAUUUCAAGUUCACAUUGUUGUGUAGGUUGACUCCCGGUUUCGCAUUCAAUUAAAUUUGUAAUUUUUGGUGCCAACCGUAACUUUUGCAUGAGUCCCUUUUAACUCCAUAACACAUACACUGGACUUACACAACAAUGGUGUGAGAGCUGGGACUUGUGUACGCUGUGUGUGUGUGUGUGUGUGUAUAUAUAUACACUGAGUGUACAAAACAUUAUGAACAUUACCUGCUCUUUCCAUGACAUACUGUAGAAUGACCAGGUGAAAGCUAUGAUCCCUUGUUGAUGUCACUUGUUAAAUCCCCUUCAAUCAGUGUAGAUGAAGGGGAGGAGACAGGUUAAAGAAGGAUUUUUAAGCCUUGAGACAAUUGAGACGGAUUGUGUAUUUGUGCCAUUCAGAGGCUGAAUCGGCAAGAUAAAACAUUUAAGUGCAAUUGAACGGGGUAUGGUAGUAGGUGCCAGGCGCACUGGUUUGUGUCAAGAACAGCAACGCUGCUACGUUUUUCACGCUCAACAGUUUCCCGUGCGUAUCAAAAAUGGUCCACCACCCAAAGAACAUCCAGUCAACGUGACACAACUGUGGGAUGCAUUGGAGUCAACAUGGGCCAGCAUCCCUGUGGAAUGGUUUUGACACCUUGUAGAGUCCAUGCCCUGACGAAUUGAGGCUGUUCUGAAGACAAAAAGGGGUGCAACUCAAGGUGUUCUUAAUGUUUUGUCCACUCAGUGUAUGUAUGUAUGUAUGUGUAUAUAUACAGUUGAAGUCGGAAGUUUACAUACACCUAGGUUGGAGUCAUUAAAACUAGUUUUUCAACCACUCCACAAAUUUCUUGUUAACAAACUAUAGUUUUGGCAAGUCGGUUAGGACAUAAUAAUAAUAAUAAUAAUAAUAAUAAUAUGCCAUUUAGCAGACGCUUUUAUCCAAAGCGAUUUACAGUCAUGUGUGCAUACAUUUUUACGUAUGGGUGGUCCCGGGGAUCGAACCCACUACCCUGGCGUUACAAGCGCCAUGCUCUACCAAUUGAGCUACAGAUUACCACAUUGAGCUACAGAGGACAUAUACUUUGUUCAUGACACAAGUAAUUUUUCCAACAAUUGUUUACAGACAGAUUAUUUCACUUAUAAUUCACUGUAUCACAAUUCCAGUGGGUCAGAAGUUUACAUACACUAAGUUGACUGUGCCUUUAAACAGCUUGGAAAAUUCCAGAAAAUUAAGUCAUGGCUUUAGAAGCUUCUGAUAGGCUAAUUGACAUCAUUUGAGUCAACUGGAGGUGUACCUGUGGAUGUAUUUCAAGGCCUACAUUCAAACUCGGUGCCUCUUUGCUUGACAUCAUGGGAAAAUCUAAAGAAAUCAGCCAAGACCUCAGAAAAAAAUGGUAGACCUCCACAAGUCUGGUUCAUCCUUGGGAGCAAUUUCCAAACGCCUGAAGGUACCACGUUCAUCUGUACAAACAAUAGUAUGCAAGUAUAAACACCAUGGGACCACGCAGCCGUCAUACCGCUCAGGAAGGAGACACGUUCUGUCUCCUAGAGAUGAACGUACUUUGAUGCAGAAAGUGCAAAUCAAUCCCAGAACAACAGCAAAGGACCUUGUGAAGAUGCUGGAGGAAACCGGUACAAAAGUAUCUAUAUCCACAGUAAAACGAGUCCUAUAUCGACAUAACCUGAAAGGCCGCUCACCAAGGAAGAAGCCACUGCUCCAAAACCGCCAUAAAAAAGCAAGACUACAGUUUGCAACUGCACAUGGGGACAAAGAUCGUACUUUUUGGAGAAAUGUCCUCUGGUCUGAUGAAACAAAAAUAGAACUGUUUGGCCAUAAUGUCCAUCGUUAUAUUUGGAGGAAAAAGGGGGACGCUUUCAAGCCGAAGAACACCAUCCCAACCGCGAAGCACGGGGGUGGCAGAAUCAUGCUGUGGGGGUGCUUUGCUGCAGGAGGGACUGGUGCAAUUCACAAAAUAGAUGGCAUCAUGAGGAAGGAAAAUGAUGUGGAUAUAUUGAAGCAACAUCUCAAGACAUCAGUCAGGAAGUUAAAGCUUGGUCGCAAAUGGGUCUUCCAAAUGGACAAUGACCCCAAGCAUACUUCCAAAGUUGUGGCAAAUGGCUUAAGGACAACAAAGUCAAGGUAUUGGAGUGGCCAUCACAAAGCCCUGACCUCAAUCCUAUAGAAAAUGUGUGGGCAGAACUGAAAAAGCGUGUGCGAGCAAGGAGGCCUACAAAUCUGACUCAGUUACACCAGCUCUGUCAGGAGGAAUGGGCCAAAAUUCACCCAACUUAUUGUGGGAAGCUUGUGGAAGGCUACCCGAAACGUUUGACCCAAGUUAAACAAUUUAAAGGCAAUGCUACCAAAUACUAAUUGAGUGUAUGUAAACUUCUGACCCACUGGGAAUAUGAUGAAAGAAAUAAAAGCUGAAAUAAAUCAUUCUCUCUACUAUUAUUCUGACAUUUCACAUUCUUAAAAUAAAGUGGUGAUCCUAACUGACAUAAGACAGGUAAUUUUUACUAGGAUUAAAUGUCAGGAAUUGUGUAAAACUGAGUUUAGAUGUAUUUGGCUAAGGUGUAUGUAAACUUACGACUUCAACUGUAUAUACACUACUGGUUUUAGAACACUUACAUUUUUCCAGUUUAUAUUGAAAUUCACUGUUUAUCUUAAUGUAUUCUGUCAAUCCUGCAGCUCGAAGUCUUCUCUUCACAGUUGAAAUUGAGACUUGCUUACUUCGACCAGUGUUAAGCUGUGCUUGAAGCUGUUGUCCUGUGAGUCGCCUAUCAUGCAAGCUGUUGACUCUCAGAAACUUGUCUUCUGAUUCUGUUGUGGCUUUGGGUCUGCCAGACCUCUUCCUGUCAGUUUCCAUGUGCCUUUUGAUGGUGUAGGAAACUACACUCACUGACACCUUGGCUUUCUUUGCAAUUUCUCUAAAGGAAAGACCUACACUUUUAAGGGUUAUAAUGGUCUGUCUGUCUUUGUUAAUUGCAUUUUUCUCGACAUUAUGAUAGUAAUAUACUACUUCCUGCAGUACAAUACUGUCCAAAUACUGCUUAAGAGGGUGUAGUAACACAGUCUGUUCCAACACUGCUUUUAUACAGACAGAGGGUUUGUAAGUAAUCAACAAAAGUUGGAACACCUGUAGAAAUUGUUUGCAUCAACUUUCAAGGUUUAAUUAACUUCCAUUGCUGCAGAACAGCUGUAGGUUGUUAACCCAUUACUUGUUCCCUGAAUAAUGAUUUUUUUAUAACUCUGAAAUGUACAUUAUCUUUCAGUUUUUGGUAACUUAAACUUUUUAUUUUUGACCUCUGACAGUUUACCGCUUACCUUUGUACCAUUUCAGGUUAUUCACUGGACUUGAACUGCUUAAAUUUCAAUAAAAACUGGAAAAAUGGGGGUGUUCUAAAACUUUUGACCGGUAGGGUAUGUGUGUGUGUAUGUAUCUGUGUCUGUGUGCCUUAGUGAACAGUGUGUGCUAUGUAAUCAGGGAAGAGGCAGAGCAGCAGGUGUCUCAGAUGAAGACUCAGCAAGGCAAGGCCCAGCGCAGCUUCAUGCACCAGUUACACUGUGAGCGCCUGCGGCUGGAACUGGAGCAGGAGAGGCACAGGGAGAGGCUCCACAGUACAGAGAGGGCGGGUGAGGAGCAGGCCAGGAUCUGCAGCCGGGCCGCUGUGGAGAGGAAGAUGCUGGAGGAAGGGCACCAGGAGGAAGUCCGGCAGCUGAAGGAGCACAUAGCCAGUCUGCAGGAGCAGGCAGAUCUGGCCUCAGAUAGGGAGAAGAAACUAGAGCAGUAUCAAACACAGUGCAGUCAACUAGAGGCCAAACUGGAAGUGGUUUGUGCCCAGCUGGAGGAACGCACUGUGUGUCUGGAGUCUGUUGAGACUUUGACCGAGCGUCUGACCUCUGAACAUUAUGCUGUAGAGGAGGAACUGCGGUUGGUGAGGAAUAGAGAGAGAGAGAGAGAGAUCCUUAGUGAGUUGUCUCAGCUAAGAGAGGAGCUGCAUAGUCUACGGUCUGAAUCUAUGACACUUCUUCAGGACAAGGAAAUGGUAGCGGAGAACUGUAGCAGUUUGUCCAGCGCCUUCGUACAACAGCAAGCUCAGCUGAGGGCCAAAGAGGAAGAGACGGAUACCCUGAGGGGGGAGUUGGAGAGGGCACAGGAGGCUCUGAGAAACGAAGUUGAACGACGCUCAAGGCAGACUGCUGAGCUGGACUCCCAGAAGACGGACAGCGCGAAGCUAAUGGAGGAGCUGAGAAAACACAGAACAACUGUUGACCGUUUACAAUCAGAUCUUGACUGUGUCACUGAGGAGUUAAACCAUUGGAAGAGGGCAGAGAAGAGUCUACAGGAAGCCUUGAGGCUGGAACGAACCCAAGUCAUGGAGAUCCAAUCCACCCUGGACCUGGAGAGGGAAGAGACGGGCUGUCUGAGCCAGGAGAACACCCACUACAUCCGCCUGGCAGACCAACUAUCCAACCAGAUCGUAGAAAUGGAAACUGAAUCAUCCAAACUCCGAGACCACAUCCACAAGCUGAAAGCCCAACUGGGCGAAACAUCCAACCUGGUUUCUGAUCUCAGGAUCCAGCUAGAGGCCAAAUCCACAGAGGUAGACAACCUUGAGUCAGAUAUGAAGCAGACUGCAGGUCUGUUAGAGAUGGCAGAAGCCUUGUCCAAUAAGCACUACAGGGAAGAGGAGCUGCUGAACGCCCAGCUGGAGACCAAGGAGAGUGAGCUGUGCUCCCUCAGAGGAAAGGCUGGCAGCAGCACCACCGUCCAGCUGCAGCAGGCCCUGCUGUCCUCUCAGGCAGAGGUCCACAGGUUGGAGGAGGCCUUUGAGUGGGAGAAGAGCAGGAUGAAGGAGCAGCUGGUGGAGAUGGAGAAGCUGGUCAUGGCUCUGGAGAUGGUGAUGGACCCUACCAGUCCACACAGGUUUGUGAUGUGCAGGCCUGUCGCUGGAAAUCAAAUCAAACCAAACCAACCUUCAAACGACUAACCUUCACCUGCCUUGAUUCCGAUGUGUUUCUGCCCCAAACAUGGUGGCUGAGAUUUUAAUGACUAAUAGCAACUGAUCUGCUCUCAUCUGAAAGAGAUCCUCACCUUUUCUCCUCAGAAACCUUCUCUAAGUCUUUAACCUUCUCUACACCUUAGCAGGCUGUGCGCCAACAUCAAACUUUAGAAAUUUGAAUUGUCUGGAAUCCAUUAACAAUUUUCUGUCUCUAACAGAAUGAUUUUCACUUAGGUGCAUGAUAUUAGAUUUCAUUUUUCUGAAUAACAGCAUUUGUAUCAUUGAAUGUUUGUCCAUUUUACUUCGCCACAUAAGUGCAUUGAUUUCACCCAGAGUUUCAUCUGGAACUCAAAUGUUUGCUUCAAAUUAUAAAUGCCUCCAUAAAAUCAAUCCCCAGAUAAAUAUUCUGUUUAAAUAUCUGCCAGAUUAAAAUGCCUUUGAGGAAAAACUCAUAUCUAAACUAUUUCAACUCUAGGUCUCAGUUAGAUGAGGUCAACUGUGAGAACAGUGCUCUGAAGGACAGACUGGCCAUGUUACAGCAGGAUGUCCAGAGAAUGGAGGAAGAGAUCUUACAGAAGAAGUAAGUCGAUCCAUCAGUAAUGUGUUGCUGUGAGAGAAUGCUCAAUUCAGAGAUGGUUUACAAAUGUCUGUUACAGAAGGGGUUGUUAUUUAAGCUGUAUUCUGUCUUCACAGCUAUUAAUCAUUCCUUUCCAUCUUUGAUUUCACCAGAAAGAAACUGGACGAAGUGGAGCAGGAACAUGAGAAGAACAGGGAGGAGCAGGAGAGACUUCACAAAGAGGUUUGUUUUCAAUCAUUUUCCAUUUGACUAUAAUCACCCUACAUAGUUCAACUGACCCUUUUAGCCUGAUAGAUUUUUAUAGCCUACAUUUUGAUAAUUGGACACAUGAUCAUUCUCUCAAUCACCCGAGGCCACUGCAUAGUGAUGAGCAAUCCCAGUCUGAUAAACCCUUCCUCGAACCCCUUCCCUCUCAGAACGCCAAGUACCAGGAAGAGGUGAUGGACCUGAGCACCCGCAACCUGCAACUGAGCGGCGAGAACGCUGAGCUGAGCUCCCGUCUCCGUGCUGACCAGGGGGCGGUCCAGAUGCUGACGGAGAGGCUGGCGACCGCAGCCAGGCAGCUCCAGGAGACCUCCACCGAGCAGGAGAGGGAGAGACUCCACCUGCAGGCAGCCUGGCAGCAAGACAAGGAGCUGCUUGAGAGAGAACUCAACACCAUCAAGGAAAAGGUAUAUAUGGGGGACUUUUGGGACAGUUGCGGUAGAGUUCUCCAGUGUCUAGAUACUACGUUUGGUCUAUGGGAAAUUGAAGUGUGUGAGAAUUUUCUUGGUCAGCAUUUUUAAUGAAUGGGUCUCAUUUAUGUAUCUUGGUUCUUGAUUGUCUUGUUUGCUCUUAGCUCCAGCGUUUGUCAGAUGUGGAGUCCUCACUGACCAGCCUGACCCUGAAGCACCAAUGGCUGGAGCAGGAUAAGGAGAGUCUGCUGAUGGAGGUGGAGGAGAGGACCCAGAAGGUGAGAGAAGGAUGUACUUGGCUAUUGCAACUCUGUUGGGGGGAAUUGACAUCUUCCAAGUCUUUCCUCUGACUGAAUAUGUAUGAAUUAUGUAAUUUUUUUACAGGUUGAGAAGCUCCAAGGGUCUCUUCGCUCUGUGGACUCCCAGACGGAGCUGCUUCGCUCCCAGCUCCAGGCUGUGGGUCAGGAGAAGAAUGGCCAGACCCAGGAAGUAGCCAACCACCAGAGGAUGAUGCAGGAUGCCCAGGACAAGGUAAGUGACAUACUGACGACGAAAACAAUACAAAUGUCUGCUCACUGUUUGCUGCUCCUGAAUGUGAUCUUUAAUGAAGCGUUGUGAUACAACAUCACUUUGACUGACUUCAUUGUUGUCUGCUGAUCAUCAGGUAAGGGAGUUGGAGGCCAGCAUGGGCAGGCUAAGCAGGGAGAAGGAGCAGCUGCAUCUGGCCCAGAAACAUGAGGUGGAGGCCUCCAUGGCCCUACAGGAGGAGUGCCAGAGCCUGCACCUCCAAAACCAGGAGCUGCUACACAGAGUAGGGCUACGUUACUUGCUCUUAAAGCCAUAGCCACGGGAAGUAGGGGUGCUGGAGGUGCUGCAGCACCCCGUGGUAAAUUGAAAUAAAUUUGCCAAAAUUACACUGAACAAAAAUAUUAACGCAACAUGCAAAAAUGUCAAAGAUUUUACUGAGUUACAGUUCAUAUAAGGAAAUCAGUCAAUUUAAAUGAAUUCAUUAGGCCCUAAUCUAUGGAUUUCACAUGACUGUGAAUACAGAGGCCAUGUCUAGACUUGACAGUUCAUGCAGCUUUAGUAUUCUGAUCAUAGAUUUCUGAUCAUGGAAUUCCGAACGUGUCGUGCAUCUACAAUUACAUUUAAAUGUGUCUACCGUGUCCAGUGUGUCCGGAUUCCCUUUUCCCGUGCUAUAUUCAAAUGCCAGUGUGCAUUCCACAAACGGUGGAAUAGGACAAAUAUGAUAAUAACACAACAACUGAUGGCAGUACCUAACUACUGUAGCUAACUAGCCAGCUAACCUCUGUAGCUAGCCAGCAAGCAACGCUAAAGGGAUUGCAAAUGGGUUUAGCAUAAAUAUGGUUUCUCUAAAUAUUAGCUAGCUGGCUAGCAUUUAUGAGGCCAGGAAACACGGUCCUCACACGCUAGGAACGUAUUUCCUCCAACGUUAUAAUGAAAAGGUGCCGCAGUCCCAAAACACAUGUUUUCUGGAGACUUGUGGGAGGAGUGCUGAUGACGUCGCCCACUGUAUGGCUUUCGGAAGCCUGAUUGCAUCCAGACUGAAGAGAAAUCUGCACACAAUGCAUCCCUGACCACCACCUGAAGUGGUCAGCCAGAUCUGGACACAAUCAGGCCACAAAGCAACUAGACCCGUCUUUUCAAUGUGAUCUUCGUAUUCUGAUAGCAGAAGUCGCAAGUAAGUGUCAAAUGUAGACACGACCAGAUAUGCAUCUGUUGGUCACAGAUACCUUUAAAAAAAAAAUUGGGCCGUGGAUCAGAAAACCAGUCAGUAUCUGGUGUGAGCUAUUUUUGCCUCCAUGCAGGGUGACACAUCUCCUUCCCAUAGAGUUGAUCAGGCUGUUGAUUGUGGCCAGUGGAAUGUUUUCCCAAUCCUCUUCAAUGGCUGUUCGAAGUUGCUAGAAAUUGGCGGGAACUGGAACACACUGCCGUACACAUCGAUCCAGAGCAUCCCAACAGCUCAAUGAGUGACAUAUCUGGUGAGUAUGCAUGCCAUGGAAGAAUUGGGACAUUUUCAGCUUCCAGGAAUUGUGUACAGAUCCUUGCGACAUGGGGCUGUGCAUUACCAUGCUGAAACGUGAGGUGAUGGCAGCAGAUGAAUGGCAUGACACUGGGCCUCAGGAUCUCAUCACGGUAUCUCUGUGUAUUCAAAUUGCCAUCGAUAAAAUGCAAUUGUGUUCAUUGUCCGUAGCUUAUGCCUGCCCAUACCGUAACCCCACUGCCACCAUGGGGCACUCUGUUCACCAUGUUGACAUCAGCAAACCGCUCACCCACACGACACCAUACACACUGUCUGCCAUCUGCCCAGUACAGUUGAAACCGGGAUUAAGCCGUGAAGAGCACACUUCUCCAGCAUGCCAGUGGCCAUCGAAGUUGAGCAUUUUCCCACUGAAGUCGGUUACGACGCAGAACUGCAGUCAGGUCAAGACCCUGGUGAGGACGAUGAGCACGCAAAUGAGCUUCCCUGAGAUGGUUUCGGACAGUUUGUGCAGCAAUUCUUUGGUUGUGCAAACCCACAGUUUCAUCAGCUGUCCGGGUGGCUGGUCUCAGACGAUCCCGCAGGUGAAGAAGCCGGAUGUGGAGGUCCUGGGCUGGCGUGGUUACACGUGGUCUGCGGUUGUGAGGCCGGUUGGACGUACUGUCAAAUUCUCUAAAACAACGUUGGAGGCAGCUUAUGGUAACAGCUCUGGUGGACAUUCCUGCAGUCAGCAUGCCAAUUGCACGUUCCCUCAACUUGAGACAUCUAUGGCAUUGUGUUGUGUGACAAAACUGCACAUUUUAGGAGUGGCCUUUUAUUGUCCCCAGUACAAGGUUCACCUGUGUAAUGAUCAUGCUAUUUAAUCAGCUUCUUGAUAUGCCACAACUGUCAGGUGGAUGGAUUAUCUUGGCAAAGGAGAAAUGCUGACUAAUAGGGAUGUCAACCAAUUUGUGCACAAAACUUGAUGUUUAUUUGUGCGUAUGGAAAAUGUCUAGGAUCUUUUAUUUCAGCUCAUGAAACAUGGGACCAACACUUUACAUGUGGCGUUUAUAUUUUUGUUCAGUAUAUAUUAUGUCUCCUGUUUGUACAUAAAUAAAUCAAAUUCAAAAUAUUACACCAGAUACUAUAAUUUAGCCAGAGGAUCAAUAGCUAGCUAGCUUUAAAAAAAAAAAAAAAAAAGCAUAAGCACAGUUCAUAGCCUAGGCUACUACUUCAAAUAAUUAACCCCUGGGGCUGAUCCUUGAAUGUGCGCUCCGAGUUAAAUCUUACUGUUAGUCUGCAAAUGCGAUCAUUGAUGCUUGCAUGCAAUGCUUUAUUAUAAAGGUGAAUUCUUUUUGAAGUGGUUGUUGUGCUUUGUUUCCUUCAGGUGUAUCAGCUGCAGGGCCAGGAUGUGGAGGUACAGAGGCUGAUGGAGGAGUGUCUGACUCUAAAGAACAAACAGAUACAGCUGGAGACUGCCAGGGCAGAGGCACAGGAUCAGGUGAUUACCUUAAACAUUUGUUAAAUAAUUGAUAAAUGUAAUUUUGCUGAGGCACUAAAUCUCUAAACUGAAAGCAGGUUUGCCAAUUGAAACUCAAAUUGAACAACUAACACCAUGAUCCAAGUUUGCACUAAUCCACCUCAGGCUUGUGAAAGUUGAGGCUAAUUCCUUUCAUGAACAUUUCCAAACUCCAUUCCUAUGCCCUAUUGAGUCUAUCAGCGUGUUUGAAGGGAUCAGUUUGAGCAAGAAUAGUUUGGGAUGCAAGGCGAUUUGUGGAUCACUGCACAGUCUGACUACAAUGUAGUUGAUUCUCAACACACACACUGUUUUAUGGUGCAGGCACAAAUGGUGGACACGGCCUUGACCCUGGCCCAGGCCCAGCAUGUCCGGGAGCUGCAGCAGUUGAGGGAGGAGGCAGGACUGGGGUCCAGGGAACAGCUGGAGCAGACCCUCUGCACACAGGCCCAGCAAGCCAGCACCCAGAUGGGCCUGCAGCAGGUAAUAUACUGCACUACAGGAUGCACCCAAUCCAGCCACUGGUGACAGUUCAAUAGUCAUGAGCUCUAAAAUGACAGAUUUACACCAUUUAACACUUCUCAGAAGAAUCGACCAUAGCUUAACACAGAACUAAAAGUGAUCAAUAAAAUAAAUGUAUGCAGAGGAAAUGUGUAUGAUGUUGACAUGCUGUAAAUGCUGGCUCUCUGUUGGUGCUCAGGAGCAAUAUGAGAAGGUGAUGGGGAACAUGCAGGAGAGGAUGGAGGAGGUGGAGACCAAGCUGAGGAGUGUGCGCAAGAUGCUGCAGGAGAAGGUCAACCAGCUGAAGGAGCAGGUCAGUUUACCAUUCAUACGAGACAAACAAAUACCAGAGAAACAAAUCUGACCAUUUCGUUGUCCCUGUCCCCCACCCACAGCUGGCGAAGAAUGCCAAGUCGGACAUCAUGCUGAAGGACCUGUAUGUGGAGAACUCCCAGCUGAUGAAGGCACUGCAGGUCACUGAGCAGCGGCAGAAGAGUGCUGAGAAAAAGAACUUCCUCUUAGAGGAGAAGAUUACAGCCCUCAACAAGCUCCUUCGUAAGAUCGCCCCUGCCUCCCUCUCUGCG